CAGCACUCUCUCUCUCUCUUCUAUUCUUUUUGUGACUAUUUAUAGCACGUCAAAGUUAAUAUCUCUCUCUCUCUCUCUCUCUCUUUCUCUGAGAUUUAUAAUACCUAGAAGGGAUCUCUCAGUCUCUGCGUUGUGUAUAACACGCAGGAGUUCAUCUCUCUCUCUCUCCCUGUAUGUAAUAUUUAUAACUCCAGUUGGCAUGCUUUGCUACUUUCGUUAAUUACUGCACUCUCUCUCUUUCUCUCUCUUUAUAAUUCCUAAAAUUGGAAAACUUUCUUACUUUUCUUAAUUACUAUUUUCUCUCUCUCUUUUCCUUAAUUAUUCUCUCUCUCUGUUGAACACUGGUUGAAGCUAAUUCCUUCGUUGAAUUCUGGUACCUGUGAUAUUCAAUUAGAAUGAGGCAAAGGUUUAUCUCUAGUGAUUCAACCGAUGAGAAAUUGGGUUCUCAUGGGGUAGCUGAAUCACCAGUGGAAGAGAAGAAGCCCUUAAGAAUUGAAAAAAGCCAAACUCCAAGGGGUUCAGCUUUUUCAUGGCUGGCCCUUCUAGUUGUCUUGGCCCUUGUUUCAUGGUUUGUGCAUCAUGUUCAGUUUGAUAGAUUGCCACUUCCACUUGAUGCUAAUCAGGCUGGUAAAAGAGGCUUUUCAGAGUUGCAAGCCUUGCUUCAUGUGAAAGCCUUGACAAAGUUAGGUCCUCAUCCUGUUGGCUCUGAUGCUCUGGAUCUUGCCUUGCAGUAUGUUUUGGUGGCAUCUGAAAACAUAAAAAAGGAGGCACAUUGGGAGGUUAAUGUUGAAGUAGAUUACUUCCAUGCAGAGCGUGGUGCUAAUCGGCUUGUUGGUGGUCUCUUCAAGGGAAGAACACUUCUUUAUUCAGAUUUGAAGCAUGUGGUUAUGAGGAUCUCCCCAAAGUAUCAUUCAGAUGCAGAGGAAAAUGCAAUUCUAAUCUCCUCUCACAUUGAUACAGUCUUCUCAGCGGAAGGUGCUGGUGACUGUAGUUCUUGUGUGGCCGUGAUGUUGGAACUUGCCAGAGCUACAUCCCAGUGGGCUCAUGGAUUUAAGCAGGCUGUUAUCUUUUUGUUCAAUACUGGGGAAGAAGAGGGCCUUAAUGGUGCUCAUAGCUUUAUAAUCCAGCAUCCAUGGAGUGAAACUGUACAGUUUGUGGUUGACUUGGAGGCCAUGGGAACUGGAGGAAAAUCUGCCAUAUUUCAGAGUGGCCCCGAUCCAUUAUCCAUUGAAAGUUUUGCUGCAGUAGCAAAGUACCCAUCUGGACAAAUCAUUGCACAGGACAUCUUCCAUUCAGGGAUAAUAAAAUCUGGAACUGAUUUUCAAGUUUAUAGAGAAGUUGCAGGCCUUUCUGGUCUUGAUUUUGCAUAUGGAGAUGUUGGUGCUGUUUACCACACCAAGAAUGACAAAUUAAAGCUUUUGAAACCAGGCUCUCUUCAACAUCUUGGAGAAAACAUGCUUCCCUUUAUACUUAAAACUGCAACCAUGCCGCCCCUUCCAAAAGAAAAGGCUGGGGGAAUCAAGGAAGAUAGAGGCCAUAACCAGAUGGUUUUCUUUGAUAUUUUGGGGAUGUACAUGAUUGUCUACCACCAAAGUCUUGUGAAUAUGCUUUAUGGUUCUGUUAUAUUACAGUCUCUUCUGAUAUGGACUGCAUCGUUGGUUAUGGGUGGUCCAUCAUCUGUGAUCUGUUUAUGCAUAUCCAUGCUGAGUGUUCUUAUGAUGUGGGUCUUAUCCAUAAGCUUCUCUGUACUUGUUGCCUUUCUCCUACCUCGUGUUUGCUCCUCCCCUGUUCCAUAUAUUGCAAACCCAUGGUUAAUUGUUGGCCUAUUUGGUCCGCCUGCAAUAGUUGGUGCUCUACUUGGCCAACACCUUGGUAGCUUCUUUCUGCAAAAGUUUUUACUCUCUACUUAUUUGAAGAUCGGAUCCAAGAAACCUAAUUAUGUCAAUUCGAUCAAAUGGGAGGCUCAAAGGUGGCUCUUUAAGGCAGGAUUUGUUCAAUGGCUGAUAAUUCUAAUAACAGGCACCAUUUGCAAAGUUGGUUCAUCCUAUUUUGCUCUUGUUUGGUUAGUUUCACCUGCUUUCUCUUAUGGUUUGUUGGAAGCUACAUUGUCACCCAUUCAAUCACCGAAACAGCUGAGGACUGUGACUUUGGUGAUUGGUUUGGCUGCACCCAUCAUAAUAACUGCUGGUAUUGUUAUUAGGUUGAUGGGAACAAUAAUAGGGACUGCAGUUCGCGUUGAUAGGAACCCUGGCGGCACCCCUGAGUGGUUGGCAAGCGUAGUAAUCGCUACAUUGGUUGCAGCCAUUGUUUGCCUGACCCAUGUGUACCUUCUCUCUUAUGCACAGUUUCCAGGUGCCAGGAGGUCAAUAAUCUUAGCAGCUUUUGCACUAUUUGGGAUCACGUUGGCUUUUGUAGUGGCUGAACUUAUCCCUCCAUUCACUGAGGAUGUAUCCCGAGCUGUGAAUGUUUUGCAUGUUGUGGAGACAACUGGAAAGCAGGGUGGAAAACAAAAUCCAUUGUCAUAUGUUUCACUCUCAUCUGUGACACCUGGAAAACUGAAAAAAGAAGUCGCUUCUUUGGAAAAUGAGGGAUUUGUUUGUGGAAACAAUAAGACACUGGACCUUGUUACAUUCACUGUACAUUAUGGUUGCUUUAGUUCUGUUGAUACUGGAGAGGGGUGGAGUAAAUCAGAGCUCCCAAUAAUGCAGAUUAAAAGUGACCUCCAAAUGGAUGGGAGGGUUACAACAAUUUCAAUUGAUACCAAAAUUUCAACACGUUGGUCACUGGCAAUCAACAUGGAAGAAGUUGAAGACUUCAGCAUUGAAGAGAGCUCCAAAGAACUGGUACCAAGGGACAAGAAGUUCAAUGUUGAUGGUUGGCACAUUAUACAAUAUUCUGGUGGGAAAAAUUCCCCUACAAAGUUUGACUUUACACUUUACUGGUUAAAAAAUAGCACCCCAUCAAAGGCAAGGCCUAGAAAGAAGACACAAGAUUCUCAUCUCCUCUUAAAAUUACGGACAGAUUUGAACAGAGUGACACCUAAAGUUGCUAGGGUACUGGAGAAGCUUCCCAUUUGGUGUUCCCUUUUUGGGAAAUCCACUUCUCCAUUUACUUUCUCUUUCUUAUCCAGUUUAGAGGUUGAUUUCUAGGUGCACAAGAACAUAUUCAGGUUUUUCUUGUUUAGAGUUGAUUUUUAGGUGCACAAGUAAGUAUGCAGGCUUAAAGAUAAGUAGGGAACUUGCAGAGUUCAGGUUUUUCUUGUUUAGAGUUGAUUUUUAGGUGCACAAGUAAGUAUGCAGGCUUAAAGAUAAGUAGGGAACUUGCAGAGCUGUAGUGUCUCUUGGUUUCCAUUGUUAAGUAUCAUGAGGACUUAAUUUGACCUGUAAUUUUUUUUUAAUUUUGGGUUUGCGAGGAGUAAGAGUUAUAACUUAUUUUUAUCAUUAUAUGUGAUUACUAAUUAUUUCAUUUGAAGAAACUGUGUGCUUAAUCUGG